UUAUUUUUCUUCAUCGGAACCCAGUAGCAAUUAAGUGUUUCCGACGGGACAAUUUACAUGCAGCACACCAUCACCUUACCUGUCAACAUUAUUGUGUCCAGGACAUGUAGGCUUCACCUAUUGUCACAUAAGUGGAGAUGAUGUGUACCAAGAUACUGAAACUUCUCAGCUCACAUCCACUACGGAGACUUCCAUCACAGGCUUGUUACACUUGUUUUACGACUAUCCAUAAGGACAGGAGAGAUUUUAGUACAGUUUCACUUGCAUCAGGAGCAUGUGUUAUCAAGAGAGACUUUCAGAAACUGAGAACGGGUUUGUCAGAUAUCCCUCACUAUUGUCUUAACAACAAAAGAUCUUUCAGCUUGAGUCCCGCAGGGAUAGUAAAUGCAUCUCCGGCGUCUGUUCAGCCGUACCUCCGCUUAAUGAGAUUGGACAAACCAAUUGGGACAUGGCUGCUGUAUCUGCCAUGUACAUGGAGUAUCGGGCUGGCGGCAGACCCAGGCUGUCUGCCUGACCUACACAUGCUUGCACUGUUUGGGACUGGAGCUUUGCUGAUGAGAGGAGCAGGUUGUACUAUCAAUGACAUGUGGGACAGAGACUUUGACAAAAAGGUGUCCCGGACAGCCAUGCGACCCAUCGCUGCAGGACAGAUCUCUCAGUUCCAAGCGCUGGUCUUCCUGGGAGGUCAGUUAAGCUUAGCCCUUGGGGUGCUGCUGUGUCUCAACUAUUACAGCAUAGCCCUGGGUGCCGCUUCGUUAUCGCUGGUCAUCACCUACCCUUUAAUGAAAAGAAUAACAUACUGGCCUCAGCUUGUCUUGGGGCUUACCUUUAACUGGGGAGCUUUGCUUGGCUGGUCAGCCGUGAUGGGUUCAUGCGACUGGUCUGUGUGUCUGCCUCUGUAUUUCUCUGGUGUGAUGUGGACGCUGAUAUAUGACACCAUCUAUGCUCACCAGGACAAAGAGGAUGAUGUUAAGUUGGGUGUGAAGUCCACAGCUCUAAGGUUCCAGGAACACACCAAGCCCUGGUUGAGUGCUUUCACUGUGGCCAUGUUGUCUGGAUUAAUCCUGGCAGGAACUAAUGCAAACCAGACAAUGCCGUACUAUGUCGCCGUUUCUGCGGUUGCUCUUCAUCUAGCGCAGCAGAUCUAUUCUUUGGACAUCAGCAAGCCUGAGGAUUGCUGGAAGAAAUUUGCUUCGAAUCGUAAUUUAGGACUUUUGUUAUUCUUAGGAAUUGUCCUUGGCAAUUUGUGGAAGAGAAAUAAUAGUCAAGAUGAAACUAUUAAACAUGCUUCCUAGUACAAAAGUA